CUGGCGUGUCAGGAGAAACAAAGUACAGAUAAGAAGGGUGGUAAACGUAAAGUCUGAAACCAGUAAGGGAGAAGUGUGGAAAAGAUAGUAGGUAUACUCAGAACAGUAUUUGGCAUGGACAGUUAGAAAGAAAGCCUCAUUUUUAAGGGUACGUAAGAUGAUAAAAUGGCUCUGCAUAGUAAUGUCAAGACUUAGAACUGUUUGCAAGCUUUCUCUAUUUUCUGAAUGCAUCCCUGAAUUAAACUUGGAUAAUUUAUUCAGAAAUUAAUUCUUUGCGGACAGAAAUGACUUGGCUAACUUGUUUUGCGUGGGAGAGACUGUUAUUGUAAAUGUGACCAUCAAAGAAGACAAUAACAUUUUUAUAAUGGUAGGAAUAAUAUUUCCAACCAUUUUGAUUUCCUACAAGUCUGGUUUAUUUGGACUAUUUAGACAUUUUAAAUGGUGCUGAAAAUAAGUGUAUUAAGAAAUGUUUGAGACUUGGAAGCACUGUUGCAUGUGUCUGUGAUACUCAGUUUGAAGCAGAGGAGUGCUAUCUUGUCAUUAGAAGUUGGACCAUUUUCAUUCUAGUCUAAUAUUAGAUGAUUAACAUGAAAGAACUACUGAGGUCAGAACAAAAUAGACUUAUGAUUCCACCCAACCCACCAAAUGCAGAAAGACUGAACUCACAGAUGAAGGCCAUGACUGUCAUACAUGGCUUUCAGUAUGGGCUGCCUGAUAGCGAGAUUGGUCAUAAAUGGCAUAUUCCAGACCCAGCAAGCCAGCGACUGACAUGGAAUAAACCUCCAAAGAAUGUCCUCGUAAUUAAAAAGAUAAAAGAUGCCAGUUUGCUGCAGCCCUUUAAGGAUCUAUGUAGAUUUCUCUCAGAGCAACAGAAGAUGAUUGUUUAUGUAGAGAAAAAAGUGUUGGAGGACCCAGCCAUUGUGAGUGAUAAUAGUUUUGGACCAGUCACAAAGAAAUUCUGCACUUUCCAUGAAGAUUAUGAUGAUAUCUCAGAUCAGAUAGAUUUUAUUAUUUGCCUAGGAGGAGAUGGAACCUUACUAUAUGCUUCAUCAUUAUUUCAAGCGAGUGUUCCACCGGUCAUGGCCUUUCAUCUUGGCUCACUUGGAUUCCUCGCACCAUUUAACUUUGAUGCUUUUCAGUGUCAGGUCACUCAGGUUAUAGAAGGAAAUGCAGCAAUUGUUCUUCGUAGCAGAUUAAAAGUGAAGGUAAUGAAGGAGCACAAAGAAAAGAAGAUAGAGUUGCGAAAUGGAUUGUCAGAGAGCACAGUACGGUUGACCAAAACUAAAGAGAAGGAACAUGGGAAACGAGUAAUUCAGUAUCAGGUCCUGAAUGAAGUGGUGAUCGAUCGAGGUCCUUCAUCAUAUUUGUCUAAUGUAGAUGUUUUUCUGGAUGGGCAUCUUAUCACCACAGUUCAAGGAGAUGGAAUUAUUGUAUCGACACCAACAGGCAGUACAGCAUAUGCAGCUGCAGCCGGCGCAUCCAUGAUUCAUCCAAAUGUCCCAGCGAUUAUGAUCACCCCGAUCUGUCCACAUUCCCUGUCUUUUCGACCCAUCAUUGUACCUGCUGGUGUAGAACUUGAGAUCAUGUUGUCUCCUGAUGCCAGAAAUACAGCAUGGGUUUCUUUUGAUGGGAGGAAUAGACAGGAGAUCUUUCAUGGUGACAGUAUUAUCAUCACUACCUCAUGUUACCCAGUCCCAUCUAUCUGUUUCCGGAAUCCUGUCAAUGACUGGUUUGAGAGCCUGGCUGAAUGUUUACACUGGAAUGUGAGGAAGAAACAGAACCACUUUAUUGUUGAAGAGGAAGACUAUUGAGUUGCUGAUAAGAGAUUUUUUUCACUAUCCCCCUUUUGAAAGAAUGUUCAUCACAAUCAAAACACCAGAAAGAUACAAAUGUGUAGUUCAGAUAGUGCCUGGGGUGAUGGAGAUGCAGUGCAGCAGAGAGCUAACUCAGUAAAUGACUAUCUUCCAUUUUAUUUAAGCAAGGGUUAUUAUCUUUGUUGCCAGGCAUUCAUAGGUAUGCAAAAUUUCUGUAUCACUAUUAUGAAGAAUGAAUUACAAUGGCUUAAAUUAAACUUGUUCUCUUGUGUGGAGGGUGAUGAAUGUUUAGGGUUUGGUGAUUAUUGUUUACCAAAACAGUUGGGAUACUGCUUGUGUUCCUCUGCAGACAGUGUAACUUCACAAUUAGCUGGAAACUGUUUUUGGGACCAGUGAACUAAGCAAUAGGAUUUUGCACAUUCUGGUGGAAGAACACUGAUUUUCUGCCACUGUCCUGCUGUUUUACGAAGUAAUGAAUGAAUCCUAUGGUGCUUGUUUGUACCUGACCACUGCCAGAUUUUUGGUUAUUGUUUAAAACAGCUCGCAUCUAGAUCCCUCUAGUUCUACGUCAGUGCUGACCAAUGCUGCUUUUUUCAUUUCUGUUCCUGUCUGCAUGCUGUUGACUGUCACAACUUUGUUGACACGAGUCAGAUGCACAUUAUCGUUUUCAAAGUUCUAGCAAGUUUGAAGAUUCAUAGCUAUUGCUUGUUAGAUGUUGAGCAUUCCAAAAACACAUGUAGAUCCUAGUCACCCUCUAAAUUGAAUAUAGACAUCUUAAGGCAUUUUGAAGUCUAGUAUAACUUUAUUAUAUAUGUUCAUAACAAAGAAUUCCACAUGUAAAUCAGACUAAAAAUGACUUUGGGGAAGAUUUCACGAGAGAGUGAAAUAUCAGUACUGUUGUUAAAUAUUAUAAUUACAGAAUGUAAUGGCAAAAUCAUCCCCGGGCCUGUAGUGAAGGUAACUGUGCAUUUCCAGCUAGUAUGCUUAGUGUCUGAUGUAGUCUGCCAAGUAAAUGUUGCAACAUCAGUAUUGCUGUUUGGUAACAUUUUGUUGAGUGACUGAGAAGCAUAACCCUAUAUUAAUAGUGACAUUCCAUACUAAAUAUGCUAAGUAACAAAUGCUGACAGUGUGCCAGCUUUAGCAUUCCCACUGAAUGUGCCAACAUUGACAUAUCCAUAGUGUAUGGCACCAGUGGCAUGCUUCAGAUCACUCAGGUGUUUGCAUACUCACAGACUCUUGAGUGCUUGCCAUACUUUUCUGUGAAAGACAGGCUAUUUCAAUUUCAGAUUAGAGGGGUUAAUGUAAUGCUAGUGGCAUGAGACAAGCCCUAUAUGCAUGCAAGUUCUGCUGAAAGAUGCUGGUAAACAACUGAAAAUAUGUUAGCUUUACUUCAGAGAGUACAGAAAAUGUAGAGCAUUUUGCAGACUUGUAUAUGGUUUAAAGCAUAAUGUAGAUGCCUUCAUUAAGGGACAUGACAAACUUGAGUUGGAUUUACCAUAGAAUGCUACAUGUCGUGUAUGGGUGCCGGAACUGAAGACAACUGUUAAAAUUUAUAUAGGGAAAGUAGUAAAUAUAAAGAAUAAGCCACUGUUAAUACACUGUCACUAAUGCACUUUGUGAAUAGAUGCGCGACACUGGUGUUAUAAUCUUCUUUACCUGUAAAGAUAGCCUCAAGAUCAAAUGUACAUUCCUACUUUAGAAAUCCAGUAAUGUCAAAGCAGAUGCCUUAACAUAAUAAAUUGAAUGUUCUUCAGUCUCUACUUUUAUAAAAUGUAUAUAGAUGUGCAAACUUUAUAUUCUAUUUAUGUAACUUCAAGCAGAAAUGCUGUUUUAAACAUUUUCAAAUGAAACUACUUUAUAUACAA